AUGGUCUAUUCCUACAGCUGCCUACCAUGGUACGCCUACAUGGGUCUCGGUAUCCGCGGCUUCCUGCAGCUGUACCUUACCACCCUCACCACCCUUACCACCCUCACCACCCUUACCACCCUCCACCUCCACCUCCACCUCCACCUCCACCUCCACCUCCACUUUCCUGCUUCGCUGCCCAAGAAAAGACUCCCCUCCCUCACUGUCCACCCAGACCCGUCAGCCCGCGAACGGCUCAUCGCCAACGCCAAGAUGCCACGGGACCUGCUAGCCGACCGCAAGACACUGGACGGCAUGACGGAACUCUCCAGAGAAUCUGCCCACACUGGCUCCCCGCCCGAUCAGCCUUCCUCCAGCCUGGUUCCCCACCGCGAAUCCAACCUCAUGAAGCAGGAACGCCUCAAGAAGACGGGGAUUGUCCCUUUUGCCCAGCUGCUCAAUGUGGAGGACCUCGACGACUGUGACUGGCUCGAGCAUGCUGCUUUUGAUCCGAGAGAAGCUGCUUCUAGGGAGAAGCUCGAAUACCGGCUCUCGAUAUGUGGUGAACUCUGCUCCGGUCUCUUCACCUCGGCCUACCCCACCUCGGAUGGCCCCUUGGCUACCUUGCUCAAGUCGCGCCCCACCUUUGCCUCGAUAGACUCCUCUGACAAGGAGCGAAAACGCAUCCUCCUGGCCCACAUCAUCGCCACCAAAGCCUCGUCCCAUCUGGUCACAGACGCCGCCAUGGACUACCCCCAAGACUGGAAAUCAAAGUACCAACUCACCCCCAAGAUCGGCCACAACGAAGACGGCCAGACCAUUGCCCUUCACAGUCUAGCCGUCCACCCGGAUUUCCAGAAAAAAGGCCUGGGCCAGAUCCUGCUCAAGGCCUAUAUCCAGCGCAUCCGCGACAGCCAGGUGGCCAAGCGCAUUUCCAUCAUCUGCAGAGAUCGCUAUGUCCCUUUUUACGAGAAGACUGGAUUCAAAACGAGGGGGCCGAGCAAGUGUCAGUAUGGGGGAGGCGGGUGGGUGGACAUGAUGUUGGAUUUUGAAGAGGAUUAUCGGGACGAGUUUGGCAACUCUUGA